CGCGGGCCAUGAAAGAUGGCGGAGUGUUUUGGCGGCGACGACCGGAUUUCUCGUCCCUCAGGAUGGCUGGGGCAAGCUUGGUGCCUCAGGCGAGUUGGCAUGAAUGAAGAGUGGCUGCUGCUGGAGGAUGGGAGCGAGGUAACUAUAGGUCGAGGAGGUGGUGUCACUUACCAGCUGACAUCAAAAUCCUGUCCACUGAUGAUCUCUCGGAAUCAUUGCAUUUUCAAGCAAAAUGCCAGUGGCCAGUGGACUGUGAUGGAUAACAAGAGCCUAAAUGGUGUCUGGCUGAACUGUGAACGCAUUGACCCUUCAAGGGCCUAUGUUUUACAAGAGGGGGACUUUAUCCAAUUAGGUGUGCCUUUAAAACACAAAGAAACUGCUGAAUACGAAUAUACACUGAUAAAGGAAGAAAGGAAGAUAAUUAGCCCAUUUUUGGCACUGAAAAAUGACCAGGCAACAGAGAAAGUAAAGGACAGAAGUAAACGUAAAAUUAGCUUGGAGGAAUCAGAGACAUCUGGAGCCGAAGGGCCUUCCCAUUCUAGAUCCAAGAGAGAUCGAGCAUCCUCUGAUAAUGACUCUUUGGGAAAAACUCAGGAAGGCAGUACCGAUCUAUCUAAACCACCAACGGAAAACACGGAAACCAUAGUACUACUGUCGUCAAAGCCAAGCAAAAAGGAGAAGAAGAAAAACCACUGUAACUCUGUUCAGCCUGAUCAAGUGUUUCUCAUCUCUAAGGAACAAAAAACACCAAGUCUGGAACAGUCUUGGAACAGUUUGGAACAAGUAAUAAAAACUCUAGAAGACAUGACAAAGCUCAAAGCCAAAGUGCAGGAGAAACAGACAGCAGUCUUGACUGUAAAACAAAAACCCAAAUUUGCUCCAAAAGAGAUUCAGGUAUUGGAGCAGGAGCUGCAACAACUGCAAGAACAGUUAUGUACUGAGCAGCAGCAGCAACAACAACAAGUUGAACAGCUAGAGAAAACUGUCUCUAAUGAACUACAGACAGCAAAUGAAGAACAUGGAGAAGAAAGACUGAAGGACCAACUUGCUCAGGUUCUACUACAGCAUCAGGCCCUGAUGGAAGAACUGAAUCGUAAUAAGAAAGAUUUUGAAGAAAUAAUUAAAGCCAAGGAUAGGGAAUUGAAAGAAACCAAGGAGGAGAAGGAGAAAGCAAGAGCACAAAAAGAGGAGGCACUGAGCCAGAUGAACGAUGUAUUGGAGAAUGAGCUGCAGUGUACAAUUUGCUCUGAACACUUCAUUGAGGCUGUCACUCUGAAUUGUGCACAUAGCUUCUGCUCCUAUUGCAUUGAUGAAUGGAUGAAACGUAAAGUGGAGUGUCCGAUAUGUAGAGGGACAAUACUAUCCAAGACUCGGUCACUGGUUCUGGACAACUGUAUUGACAGGAUGGUGGAAAACUUGGAUGCUGAGACAAAGCGCCGUCGCCUGUCCCUUAUCCAAGAGAGAAAAGGAAAGCGGAUUGUUCCAUCAAGCCCACCAUCAGACAGUGAGAGCAGUAGUCUUACCUCUUCUUCAGACAGUGAGAGCAGUAGUCUUACCUCAACAUUAGAUAGUGAGAGCAGUAGCCUUCCAUCUAUGCAUUCCCUUAGUAGCACUUUCACAAGCAGCUCUGAAAGUGAUGAUUAUGAUGGUGACUCCGAUAGUCCCCAUGUGAUAUGAAAAUCUGCUCUGCACGUGUGCAGUUUUUUGGAAUUUCCUCAAGAUGGUUUCUGUGGGGAAAAAGGGUAUUUGGAACAAAGAAGAUACCGAAUUUUAAAUUGUGGAUUAAAGGAGCUUUGCAGGAUCCUGUUCUUUUCUUCAUUGCAUAUAUGGGUAUCUUUACCCCCCAAAAGUCCAAAUUUUCAAUUCUAUGACUCAUUUGUCACACUGGACUCAUGGUGAUUAAACCUUGUCUGUUCUUGCUAUGAAAAUUAGGGCUAUACAAACCUAUUUGAAAGAUGCCUCACAGCAUAAAGGAAUGUGUAAUGAAAAAGUCUUGUUUGAAUCAAUCAAGCUGCUAAUGUAUUUUUCUCCAAAUUCAUGCUCUUUCUUUUCUAUGGUCAAGUGAAAAGAGCAGGAACAGCUUCCAGAGCAAAUGCAUGAACUUGGCAAAACAUAGCUGUUUAUUGAUUAGAAGAGUAGUGCUUCAUACAUGCUUCUGUAUGUUAUGAAGCAGAUUUUUUUUCAAAGUUUUCAUAACUUGAAUAAAAAUUGUGGGUGAAAAUACACAAGCUUGAAUAUCACAAGCUUGAAUUUUCUCUCAGUAACUUUAACAAUGAUAGUUGGUCAACUGAAGUGUAUACUAUGAUGUAUCAUUUGUGACAGCAAUUUAUAUAUAUAUAUAUAUAUCUAAUGGUUCAUAAGAAGAAUAAGAAUGGUAGCCUCAGUUAUAACUUUAAAACAUGUUGAAGAUAAUUGUUAAAGUUUUCAGGAACUGUACUUUGUUUUCCAUAAAAGGAUCUAAAUUGUUUUCCUCAAUUUCUGUUGCCAGAAUAGAAUUAAAUUAAUCCAAAACUUUGUGGGAGGGGGAAGUAACUACUCAGGAUACCUUGAGACUAAAGUGAAGAAAAUCACAUGAAAAAGCAGAGUGAAGAAGGUGCAUUUCUGAACAAAUGGAAGAUCGCACAAUACCAGUAUUCUAGAAUUUUAUUGUCAUAAGUGUACAACACCCAUGUUCUAGGCUUUGCAUUCAAACCAUUAAGCAAUUGACUACGCCUUCUUUUUUGUUUUAGUAUUACUUGAAGACAUUGUUUUAUCUAUUUAUUAAGGUGCAAGAUAUAAAAAAGAAAUAAUCUUUUAUUUCUUUGUUUAUGAAUUUUUGUACAGUCAAUUCAGUCUACCUAUUUUGGCUUUAACAAGAAUGAUUGAUUUUACACUUUAAUAACGACUUUGCAAAUGCAAAUGUUAAAUAUCAUUACAAGUAAUUGUAAUCAGCCUUAAUAGUUGUCAAUACAUUACUGACAGCAGAACUCAUAUGUGACAAGGUCCUAUUCAGUCUACUCAGCCCAGAAUUUAUUGAUGAAGUUACAGCCAUAUGAAAAAAGUUAAAUACACCCCCACUGAAAUGUUUGACUUUUUCAACAUAUUUCAACAUUUGAUCUUCAUUUUAACAAUAUUGGUAAAGUAAGCAUACUCGUACUAUUAUCACCUCAAAUACCUAAAACUAGCCUUGGGUGUACCAGAUCUGGUGCAAAUGAUUAGCAUAUUGUUAGAGAAGAUUUGGGAGGAACUUGUCUUAUUCAAACCUGAGGCAUUUGGUUUGCUUUACUCUUAGUUGCUGAAGUCUGUGGUAUCACAGGCCUAUAUCAAAAGAUAACUCCGAGGCCUUCAGAAAGAAGAUAAUUGUCUAUGACUCUGGGAAGAGAUUUAGAAAGCUUGCCAAAAAUUGGAUAUUAAUCAUUCCACUGUAUCAUCUACAAAUGGAGAAGAUUUCAAACAACUGCCAACUUACCCAGACCAGGCUGUCCCAUCAAGUUCAGCCCAAGAGCAGAACACAAGUUGCUGAAGGAAGUUUCUAAGAACCUCAGAAUUUCAUAAUGUAACCUAUAAGUAGAAGUUGUUACUGUUGAUAUCAAAAUGCACAAGCUGCACAAAUUAGAUCUAUAUGGAAGAUGGGUCAAGAGGAAACCUUUAUUUUUCAGAAAGAAUGUCAGGGCAAGACUAAAGUUUGCUCAUGAACAUCUAAGCAAAGACUAGGACUUCUGGAACAAUGUCCUCUGGACAGAAGAGACAAAGAUAGUUAUUUAGCCACAGUACCAGAAAACAUGUUUAGUGAAAACGUAAUGUAUCACCAGAAGAACCUGAUAACAACUGUAAAGCAUGAUGGUGGAACUUAGGUUAAAGUUAGGGUGUGAUUUGCUGCAUCAGGGCCUGGGUAGUUCACUAUCAUAGAAUCUACUAUGAAUUCUUCAUUGCAUCAGUGGGUGUUUAAGGAUAAUGUAAUGAUUGAAGCUUAAACCUCAGCUAAAAGUGAACCUUGCAACAUGACAAUGAGCAUAUGAAGGAAUAGCUGAGGGAAAAAUAGAGGGUUCUGAGGUGGUCAAGUCAAAAGCUGGACGUGAGGUGCUGUGGGGCAAUUUGAAAUGGCUGUGAAUGCAAGAAACACCUCAAACAUUGCACAGCUGAAAAAAUUCUGAAUAGAGGUGUGGGAAGCAAAUUCCUCCCAGGUAACGUCAGAGCUGCUAGGCAGUUAUAAGAAAUACAUGUUUGAGGUUGUUUCUGCAAAUGGGGGCAGAACCAGUUAUUAGAACCAAAGGAGUGCUUACUUUUUCCACAGACAGAAAUUUUAAUUUUUUGCGGAAUAAAUAAAUACAGUCAAAUUUUCAUAGUUUUUUUUGUUCAAGUGUAUCACCUGUACUGUUUGAAGAUAAAAUAUAGAUGUCAA